AUGGGGUCGCGGGCGCAGAUGAGUCAGUCUCUGCCGAAUAAACAACAUCGAUCAGAGGCUAACUACAGGCGCUGCUCGCAAUCCUUGCCACUUAACAUUCUAUGGUUGCCGAAGUCGUCAUUUCGGCCGGCAGAGGGCGAACUGGCUGAUUGCGUCCUAGUGGUCGGGGUGUCGCGGCCGAAGGUCGCCGCGGUCCUCCUGUCAGUCACGCUUCUGUCGCUCUUCUUCACAUUUCACGUGCUCUAUGACAACGCCAUCUAUAGCAUACAGGCAGCGAACAUAGCGUCAGCUGCCAGUGAGGGCCGCCAGAUAUUACAAAGCCAAGAGAGAGGCCGUACAAUAAACCACCCUAUGGUAUUAAGAAAAAGGUUAAAAACGCCACGCGCGCCGAGACCAGCCCGUCGACUCCCGCAGGCUCUCAUCAUAGGAGUUCGCAAAUGCGGGACUCGUGCUCUUUUAGAGAUGCUCUAUUUACACCCGAUGGUACAAAAGGCAUCAGGAGAAGUACACUUUUUCGACCGUGACGAAAACUACGCUCUCGGACUAGAAUGGUACCGCAGCAAAAUGCCUCUUUCAUUUAAAGGGCAAAUAACUAUAGAAAAAAGUCCGAGCUACUUCGUUACCCCUGAGGUACCAGAAAGAGUACGUGCUAUGAACUCCACGGUACGUCUUUUGCUCAUAGUGCGCGAACCGGUGACACGCGCCAUAUCUGACUAUACUCAAUUACGUAGUCGAGCUACGCCCUCCGCUCCCGCGGUGUCCCUUGUGGGACAUCCGCUUCCCGAUGCUGCAAAACCUUUUGAACACCUCGCCUUAGCGCCGGAUGGCUCUAUAAAUGUAGAGUAUAGGCCAAUAGCAAUAUCCUUAUACCACGCUUACCUGCAUCGAUGGCUCGAAGUAUUCCCGCGGGAACAGAUCCUGGUCGUAAAUGGAGAUCAACUAAUAGAAGACCCAGUACCGCAACUACGUCGCAUCGAGAGGUUUCUUGGAUUGGAGCAUAAAAUAGGACGGAAAAAUUUCUACUUCAACGAAACUAAAGGAUUCUACUGCUUGCGUAACGACACCACAGACAAGUGCCUCCGUGAAACAAAGGGCCGCAAGCAUCCUCGGGUAGACCCUGCCGUCGUCACGAAAUUACGCAAGUUCUUUAUACAACACAAUCAACGAUUUUAUGAUUUAAUCGGGGAAGACCUCGGCUGGCCUGAGGACUAA